AUGAGGAAAUACGAGCUCGUCGAAAGUAAAAUCGAUAGCUCGGUGCUUCCACUAUUGUACUUGGGCCUGCUUGUUUUCCAACUUGACCGCAUGAAUCUUGCAAGUGCGCUCACCGGCGGAUUUGCGAAUGACAUCGGGGUAAAUCAGGACACAAUUAAUUUGGGAAAUCAGUUGAUGUUCCUGGGAAUCGUCAUCUUAGAAAUUCCCUCAAAUAUGCUCUUGCAAAAGAUUGGGCCGCGCAAGUACAUCUCUAGCCAAGUAAUUCUAUUCGGUUUCGUCGCAACUAUGCAAGUAUUUCUAGUCGACCGCAAGGGUUUCUUGGCUUCGCGUAUGAUGCUUGGUCUUGCGGAGGCGGGCUACAUUCCAGGAGCCUGCUACACCCUUUCAACUUGGUACACGAAGAAAGAACUAGCCAAACGCAUCGCAAUCUUCUUCUUCGGAAUGUUUAGCGGAAACGCUUUGAGCCCUAUACUGGCAUCUGGCAUCCUCAAGCUCGAAGGCGAACGUGGGCUGCGUGGCUGGCAGUGGCUUUUCCUAGUUGAGGGCGUGUUUACUAUCUUUGUUGGGCUUUCGCUACUGUUCCUUCUGCCCGGUUCCCCAGACACCCCCGAUCCGCUGUUGAGCCCAGGUCUCAUCCGAUUCAAAGGCUCAGAGAAGAGUAUCAUACAAAGGCGCCUAGAGGUAGAGGACAAAGAGAAGCGUGGCGGCGCUCAAGGAAUGCGAAUUCCUCCAAAGCUCGUAUGGAAGACUAUUCUGCACUGGAAACGCUGGCCACAUUUUCUGAGCAGCUUUGCCGUCUUCUCCACCUGGAGCCCUCUUACCACUUACACGCCUACCAUCAUUAUGAAUCUCGGCUUCAACCGCAUCCAGGCCAAUGCUCUUGCUGCAGUGGGCGCGUCACUCGCUUUGGUCGUCGUCUUCGUUUUUGCCUAUAUCAGUGACAAGACCAAUAAGCGUGGAUUCUCAGUAAUAGGAGCUCAGUUUUGUUAUCUGAUUGUCUUGGUCGUUGCGCGCACGGCACACCCUCAUGUGGGCAAGUGGUCACGCUGGGGGCUUUGGACGGCUGUGAACAGCUUCGCGGUUGGGUAUCACCCUGUCAACAACUCAUGGGUGCAACUCAACUGUAGAGAACCAGGCGAAAGAAGUAUUAGUAUUGCGAUGUGGGUGAUGCUCUCCAUCAGUGGGUUGAUGGUCGGAACGCAGUAUUAUCGAGGGAAUGAUGCCCCAUUUUACCAAACGGGUCUGAGAACACAGAUUAUCAUGGUAUCAGUGGGAAUGGCAUUCGCAGUUCUCCAGGUUGUACUCUACGCUGUUCACAACAAAAGGGUGGCUGAAGGAAAGCACAAGCCGCGGGAUGGUGAAGCUCCGCGGAUCUAUGUGACAUAA